CAAGAAGCAUGAAAUUUCCAAUAAUAGCUGUUCUCUUGUUGACACUAUCAACAGCACUAUUGAAAGCAGAACUUGAUGCUAAGUAUUAUGAGAAAACAUGUCCACAAAUAGAAGACAUAAUUUCAGAGACGGUUCAAAGUGCUUCUAAGCAAGACCCUAAAGUCCCAGCACGUAUCUUGAGGAUGUUCUUCCAUGACUGUUUCAUAAGGGGAUGUGAUGCAUCAAUAUUGUUGGAUUCAACUCACACAAACAAAGCUGAGAAAGAUGGGCCUCCAAAUCUGUCGGUUCACUCAUUCUAUGUAAUUGAUGAUGCAAAAGCCAAGCUUGAGAAAGCUUGCCCUCACAUUGUUUCUUGUGCCGAUAUAAUCGCUAUUGCAGCUAGAGAUGUUGUAACCUUGUCUGGAGGUUCAUCUUGGGAAGUUCUAAAAGGAAGAAAAGAUGGAAGAAUUUCAAAGGCAUCAGACACGAUAAAUCUACCAGCUCCAACCUUGAAUGUUACGCAACUCAUUCAGAGUUUCGCAAAGAGAGGUUUAUCAAUAAAAGAUUUGGUAACCCUUUCUGGUGGCCACACUCUUGGAUUCUCACACUGUUCUUCUUUCCAAUCUCGCAUACAUAACUUCAGUUUUUUGCAUGAUAUUGAUCCAACUUUGAACAUCAAGUUUGCCCUAGAGCUCAAAAACAAGUGCCCUAACCCUAAUACUACAAACCCUAAUGCUGGAGAGUUCCUUGAUUCAACUGCUUCGGUGUUUGAUAAUGACUAUUACACACAGAUUUUGGGAGGAAAAGGUUUGUUUUCUUCGGAUCAGUCGCUCGCUAGCGACUCCAGGACUAGAUGGAUCGUCGAAGCGUUUGCGAAAGAUCCGAGUGUAUUCUUUAAGGAAUUUGCGGAUUCCAUGUUAAAGCUUGGAAAUGUAGGGGUGUUGGAGAAUGGAGAGGUAAGACUUAAUUGCAAGAUUGUGAAUUCAUGAGAAAUUAAUAAUAAGUUUAUGUAUAGUUAAUUUAAUAUAGAGUUGAUAGUUGAAAGUCGUUAAAUGAUUUAAAGAUUUGGCUAAAUUAUUAUUUAAUGACUUUCAACUAUCAAUUUCACAUGAAGUUAACUGUAUUUGAGUUUUUAUCCUAAAAUAAAGAAUAAUAAUGUAUCAUGAUGAGUGAGAAGAUAAAUUGGUGUGU